AACUUAGCACAUGGCAGCUGCUCAACCAACUUAUACAGGCUUUAACUACCCAGGAGGGUUUGGUCAGCCCCCUCCUGCUGCUAGUCCUGUACCUGCUGCUCAACCUGCCGGCACUGACCCAGCAGCAUAUGCACAAUACUAUGCACAAUAUGCUCAGUACGCCCAGUAUGCAGCACAGUAUCAGCAGUACGCAGCUGCUCAAGCUUCUGCUCAGCAAGCGCAGCAACCUCCAGCAUCGCAUCCAUCUGCCAUUACUACUCCCAAGACUGUUACAGAGGUUCCAACAUACCAGUCAAACACGCAGAAACAAUUCCAACCUCACACUGUACAAAUUUCUGGGCUAGAUAAAACAAAAGCUCCAAAUAUAAAGGAUAUCACGGACAAGUUUGGUACAGUUGGCACUAUUAAGAAGAAUCAGUAUGGCCAGGCUAGUGUUCGGUGCAGGCCAGAUGAUGGACUUGUUACGGUUGAGUAUGAAGCAGCAUCUUCGGUUGAAAGUGCCAUCAAAUGGUUCAAUGAUAGUGAAAUUGAUGGGUGCACUGUGAAAGUAGAGCUAGCUCCAGCGAGCUCCCCAGAUGUAAGCACAGUGAGAGCAACUACUUCUGAGCCAUCUCAAGAACCUCCCCCCCAAGCUAGUGCUGGCCCUGGCCCACCAGUACACUACCAACCUCCUGGAUACCCACCUGGCCCACACAUGGGCCCACAUCAUCCUCAUCCAUUCCCUUACGGUCCUCCUCCUCCACACUUUGGGGGACCACCUCCCCCACACAUGCAGGGACCACCUCGUCCCAAUGUUCCUCCUCGUCCCGGUGACUGGGACUGUGUUCAUUGUGGGAACAGUAACUUCCAGUUUAGACAGGAGUGCAGGAGAUGUAAAGUAUCCAGAUCAGAUGCUGAGAAAGGAAAAGUGUCUUCUGAUAAGCCUGCUGCUGGCAUGGGAUCAAGACCCCCAUUCAGACCACCCUUCCAUCCUGCACACGCAUUUCCUCCCCGGGGUCACCCCUUCAUGAGACCUCCACAAUUCCACCCCGGGAUGAGACCUCCCUUCAUGGGGGGACCUCCCCGACCCUUCUUCCCUUACCGUCACCCUAGACCUCCAUAUCAAGGGGCCGGCUUUAAGAGGAAGCAACCAUACAGUGCAACAGCUAGUGUAGCUAAGGAACAGAAGACAGAAGAGAAGAAAGAAUGAACAGAGCUGGAAUUAUUCUGUACUCAGUUUUAUUAAUGCUCACUAUAAGUAGAUAUUGUGACCUUUUUACAGAUACUGUGAGUUGGCACCUGGACUACUAUCUUAAAUUUAUGAUUGUCAAAUUAUCGAAAUUGAUUUCUUACUGUUUACAAUCGUAGAAAGUUCUAUUAUAUUUUAUUCUUGAUAAAAGUUUGAAUUUUUAUUAUUAACAAAUAACUAAUGAUCUGGUUAAACAGAUUUUAAAUAAUUGUACUACGUUAGUGCAGGGUUGAUAACAAAUUAAAUUGCGGUCUUAUCAAUUAUUAUAUUGCUCUAUUGGGAUUAUUCUUUAAAGCAAACGCUUCCGGGAAUUUCAAGGGAUAAACAGCUAUUUCCUUGCGAUUGGCAUACAAGUAUUUCUUUAUUUGAUAAAACGUGUAGCCAGCUAGGCUUCCUUUUUCUGUAGUCGACAUUACAGUCACUACUUUUACCUGUUAAGAUGUCACGAUUAUGUUCUUAAAGUAAGGGACUGUUCGCAUGAUUACACAUUACACUAGAACUUGAUGCCACGAAAAACUUUUGAGGGAAAGACAACAACUUUUGGGGCAUAAAACCGUAACAUACAUUAUAUAAUUAUAUAAGUUAUAACGUUCCUACAGAAAUUUCAGGGUAUGCGAUUACUGAUUUCAGCUUUUAUACUUUUAAUUUUAGCUUAUUAUCUAGGUAUAAAAUAUACUGGGUUGUUAAAUAAAUGUAAGAGACUGAAUAAAGGGAACUAAUUAUGCCUUAUCAACGUUGGUUCUUUUACCUUAUAAUUAAGAUUAAUACGUGAUUUCUGAAACUAACAGUUAUAAUAUCCUUUUUCUAUCCUAGCAAGUAAAACAUGAAAUUGGAUUCAGGGACCCAAUAUGAUAUUUGUGCGCAUCUUUAUAAUAGAAAAGCUUUGCAUAUUGCACGGGAAAAUAUAUCGAAUUUCGUUGGCUGUAAAAUGAAGCAAAUUAGGGUAGAUUAAAUAACGAGUGGUUUUCCAUCUUUCAAAGUGUAACUACAUAAUGUAAAGGUUAUUGAUUCAGUUGAAUUGCUAACCUUUAUUAAGUUUCAGAAUUUUGAAAUGUGCGAUGGAUACGAUUGCAAUACUAACAGGGACGGUAUUGGGCAAUAAAAUGAUAACUUUUUAUAAAUAGAAACACACGUGUUUACAGUUUCAACAAAUUGUUUAGUUCUCUUAACCAAGACUUUGAUGGUUAUCCCAUCCUACUUUUAAUUGGGUGUAUUCUUGGACGCCUAGAAUGUACAUUAUACCUGUUUGCUGAGAUUGAGAAACAUUCCGGUUAGAACUCAUUCAGCUCUCACAAUUCACAAGCAAUAAGGAAGAAAGCAAGAAGUUGUGUGUUAGAUAAAAAUCAAUCGUUAAUACAUUAAAAUGCUACAAAAUAAUCGAAAUAUCCUGCUUACUAAAGUGGCUUUUAAUGCCACCUGAUUAGGUCUUCUUCAGGCUGAUACUCACAAUAUCCGACAUGUCGUCCAAGUAGUCGAUUUUUUUUUCUUUAAAGCUCAGUGUAAGAAUAUAAUUUAAUGAAAAUAAUAUGUAAACGUUAAUCCGCUAUGUUAAGAAAUUUCUGGAUUUAUCUGUGUAGGUAACAAUAAAUCUUAAUCGCCCUGCAUGUGCAUUGUGUAAUCGUAGCAGGUUUACUGAGAUAAAAUAUAACUCUGCUGAGCUGUGAAACUCGUCAUCUCAGUUAACUAAUCCGCAUAAUGUAAACCUUUGUAUAAAUUAUUGAUAGUAUUGUAAUUAAGCUGCUUAGGAAAAUGAUAUCAAUUGGAGACAGUGAUUGGGAUGACAGUGAUGAUGAACCUGUGGUCACAAAACCACUCACAAAUGGUCACAAUAGCGUCACUAUUUCUAACGACUACUCUACGGAGGACAUCCGGACCGAGACUCAGGAUUUCUACACUUUUGAAGAUCUUCAGUCGGCUACUAUUCGUGGAAAUCUUGAGCUGGUGAAGAGUGUGUUGGACACGGGAGAGUAUGACGUCAACGCUCAGCUCACUUCCGGGUGGACACUUUUGAUGUACGCAGUAGAACAAGGCCACCACGAACUGGUUGAGUACUUUAUCUCACUUGGAGCUAAAGUUGAUUUUGAUUGUCAGAUGUUUUACCCUCUGAUGGCUUGUUUUAACAAACCUUAUCUUAACCACGACCAUGUUUACAACUGCGUUAAGUUGUUGCUAGAUAACAAAGCAUUUGUGAAUGUGCACGACAAAUACCACGUGACUCCCUUGAUGUUGUGCGCGCGACACGGCUACACUUCUGCUCUGGAGCUGAUUUGUCAGAGCAACGCAGAUGUUAAUAAACAGGAUCAGCAAGGUUGGACGGCCCUGAUGCACGCGGCAAACGAAAAUAAACGCAGCUCAGUCGACACCCUACUAAAAUACAAAGCCUCCCCCUACAUCGCAACAUUCGACGAACAGCUAACAUGUGCGGACAUCGCACACAACUGUGGGCACCAGACACUGUACCAGCACCUUGAGAAGAUAAUAUCUCCUGAUACUGAUAUCUUCAAACCUGCAGUCCCCCUUCCUGAUGAGGACAAGGAAAAUGAUGUCCCCACUUAUCAUAAGAUGAGAGAACUAGAGCUGUUCUUAACUUCACAAGAAUUGGGAAAUCUCAUUCCCCUGUUUAACGAACAGAAAGUUACGUUUGAAAUGCUUCUCACUAUGAAUCAGAAAGAUUUGGAGCGAGUGGGUAUAUCACAGAUGGGAAUUCAGCAGAAACUUUUAACCGCUAUCAAAGGAGUACAUGGCAGUGAAUUUGAGAUGCCUGACAUGUCCCAGAGUUUGUAUAAUCUGGAAUUGAACUGCAGGGAUUGCUCUAAAGUCCUUAAAAUCUACACGAAACAUUUGAAGUAUUUGCGAGCGACAAGCGAGUAUUUACUGAGACAGUUCAAAGGUAGCUCUAAACUUAUUACAGAAUAUCCCACAAAUGCACCCGAAGACUCUGGUUUGAUUACAAACAUUCAGAAUGUUCACGAAAUAGUGGUUUCCUUGCGAGACAAUGUUGAAUGCAUUAACGAGGUAGUAUCUGAAAAACUUGGCUGUGAAGUUGUAGAAAAAGGUUCGAAUGAGCGGGGAGGUCAUCAGACUGGUUGGAAUUUGGGUUAUUUCGUGGUGGGAGUUGGUAUUGGAGCUCUGACCAGUUGUGCGAUUAUGAAGAAUUUGUCGUUUUCGAGUUUCAGCAAGUUUAGUUCCCAAGCAUGUGCAGGAGUUCUCGAGUUGUAGUGGAAUUUUUACCAUCACAAACAAUGCUAAUUUACUAUUGACACAUUUUUAUUCCACCAAAUUAAUUUAUUGUUGAUCAGAUUACUUUUUUAGAAUGUUAAACGAAUAAUUCAAUCGACUUGUUUUUUCA